AAAGAGAAGGAUUUCAAGUACGAAAUUCUUGCUAUCAAUCUAACGAGCUAGAACCUUGUGUACAGUGAACAUCGUCUCUUCUAGCGCCACAGCUUUUCAUCGGACAGACAGCAGGAUACAGCAAAAUGACGUACGUUACGCGGACGAAGAUGGAGGACUUCGGUCAGGUGAAGUGCGACAUCCCUGGACCGCUGUUGCAGCUUCCUGGCCUUCGCGCCGCAGAGUUCUCAUCCGAGCCGCAUAUGUCGAAAGCAACAUUUACCUUCGAAAAAGUGCUGAAACAAAUGCCGAACGGAGACCGAGCGCGCCGGGAGCGGGAACUCUUCCAGAGCAAGCUCGUGCCUCCGUUGGGGAUGCAGAAGGCGGAAUACUGGAUGAACUUGAUGGAUGGAUGGAAUCAAGGCACGAGUAAACCGCAGAAUUCAUCGGCGGGAGGACCGACGGCAUCGUCCGCGAGCAGCGGUGGUAGUGGUACGACUAUUAAGGCUCGUGAGACAAAAAAAUUCGUCUUUGUUGGCAUUUCUUGAGCAUCAUACUGCUUUUGCAUAUUAUGAAUGUUUCAAGGAUCGCCAUACGUCAAAGAUGAAUUAAACGGAGAACAGGUCUAACUCUAAUGCUAGUACGGGAAAGAUUUCGGUGACUCAUGCAGCUUUUCAGCAGCACUUAGGCGGAGGUGUAGGCUUGAAACCGCCUUCGGGCAUCGACAUAACGAGCGGCGCGACGUCAGUAGCGAACUCGCGCACGGGUUCGAAGACGCGAGCGAUCCCAGGAGACUUUCAGUUGAAGCCGCUCAGCUUUCAAACUGAAUUUCAACUCAAACCACUCGGCGCAACCUCGAGCGGCUUUCGGCCAGCGCUAGGCAGUAGGCAGACAAAUCUCGCGACUGCGGGAUCCGGGACUUUGUCGCCGAAUAAAGGCUCUCAGUUGACAACCGGUGGUGGACCCGGUGCGAGUUCGUCGUCACCACCCAAGAUGGUCACCGCCUUGCCUUAUAAAAAGCCUACGCGGAACAUGCAGAGCGAAAAGCCGCUUUUUCAGAACGCCGCUGGACGCGAGUUUACGUCCACAGUGCAGAGAAAUGUGCUGCUAAAUCAGUCUGCAUCUUUCGGCGCACUUCCUAGUGACAGCAAACACGAACCCGCCACACCGCGUGAUAGGACCACAGGCAUGACUGGAGAACUCCUUAGCCACUCGCCAACAGUGGAAUUUCUGCUGAAUCCACGAGGCAUAAUAACAGAGGAACGCAAGUUGGCAAAAGGUAAAAAUUCUACAUUGAUCGAAAAUACCGUUCGUGCAACAAGUCUAUUCCAGGAUAAGUACUUGGCAAAAGUACUUGGAUUUCAAUCUUCAUCAUGAUCAGACACUUUCUCUUUUUCAACAUCCACAGGAGCUGAGGUGAUUGUGUCUCCGAAGCCGCUACUCCAUUCGCCGCCGUUCAAGUCGAAGUAUGGGGGAGAAGAUGGCGAGCGGAAAAUCCAGCGAGAGAACAUGUUUUUGGAACGCGAGCGACGACUGAAUAUCGUUGGCGCAAGUUGCAAUUACAAAAGUCUAUUGAACCAUGGAUGA